UCUUCCCAAAAUUUUGUAGUUGAAGAUUCUUAGUUCUAGGUUGUGAUUUUUUAAGCUUCAGUUCCUAACAAAACCAUAUCAAUGUGUUGAUAAUUUUAUACUUCCGUUCGGAUUUAAAGAUCUAAUACCAGUUAACACAUCAAGAUGAGUCGUCCUCAGGAACCAAAUCGCCCUUUCUUCCAUUUUGGGAAUCCUUUCCGUAUGAUAUCACCUAAGGGUUCUCAGUUGUCUCCAAGAUUUCUUUCUUUACUGAACAAUUUUGAGGCCACCUUAUCAGAGAGGCUGAAAAAACUUGUGCCUAAAGACAAGGGUGACAUCCUCAGCUUGUCAUGGAUGAAACUAGCAAUGGAGUCACUUUCUGAGAUUCAUUGCGACAUAAAAAACCUGAUAACUGAACUUGACCUCCCUUUGAAUGAUUGGGAUGAAAAAUGGAUGGAUGUGUACCUGGAUAUCAGUGUGAAGCUGCUUGAUAUUAGUAAUGCUUUUACCUCCGAGCUUGCUCGGCUCAACCAAGGCCAUCUUAUGCUUCAGUAUGUCUUGCAUAAGUUGGAGUCCAAUUCCCCAGAUUUGUUCACACGGGCCUCUACCUUGCUUGAUAGCUGGAAACAACACAUUAGCUCCAAAAAUCCCAGAUUUGAGACUUGUUGGCCAAUCCUGGACAACCUUGUGGAAUCACUAAACUUGCCAAAAAUUAACAACUCGUCUAAGGGAAAGGUGUUGAUGCAAGCUAUGUAUGGAGCUAAGGUGGCUACUACAUACAUAUGUAGCGUCUUUACUGCAGCUUUCUCUGGUUCUGCCAAGUUUUUGUUAGACUUAUCUAUUCCUAAUACACUACCAUGGGCUCAAGUUUUUUCGGAUGUCCAAACUGUCGUGAAUGUAGAAAUUAGAAAUAUAUUUUCUUGCGGAAAAUUUACAGUUCUAAGGGAACUGGAGGCUGUUGAUGCAUGUGCCAAGAAGGUGUCUCUUCUGCUCCAAGAUGGAGUGGGUCCUAGUGAAAGGGAGUCAUUCAAGAAUUCUGUUUCGGAUUUGAGAACAACGGAAGAGAAACUAGCACAAGGGCUGGAUAAUCUUUCAAAGGUAGUAGACAGUUUUUUCAAGAUAGUUUUGACAGGGCGUAACACUUUGAUUUGUAAUCUACGAAAUGCCAAUGAUGCUGCCCCAAAUUCAAUGAUAGGGAAAAAUGGGAAAGAACAACUCGUGAGGUGAAUCCUACGAGUGUAAUGAAGUUUAACCCUUCUGUAUACAGUUGGUUUAGGAAUGGGCCUUCUGUUUUCUAACUAGUCGACAUAUACGACCGUUGGGUUAUAUUAGUACGAGUUGUGUGAGCUGUAAGGUGGUGUCUUAUGAUAGUAAUAAUUUGGUUGUACAUGUAUCCUUGUACUGUAUUAAAAGUAAAUAUAAAAGGCUCGUAUUUCUUUGCAAA